CUCCCAUCUUCUAGAAAAUAGUUGAUUUCCAGGCAUCUAAGGUCAGAACUGGAGAAGAUGGCAAGCCUAAGGCUGUUCUUUGUUCUUCUGGGUAUUCUAAUAGCAGUAAAGCUUCACGAGGCAGAUAACCUUUCUCUGCAAGACACAGCAAAGAAACUGGAACCUCAAUUCCUUCUGCAGAAUGUGGAAGAAGCCAAGAAAUUAGUUGAUGCUGCCUAUGAAUACACCCAGAACUGGUUAGAAGAAAAACUAAAGAAAGAGACAGUACGCCCUUCAGAAAUCCUAGUGUCUUUCAAACAACCUAUAGGAAAAACUCGGUUGCAUGUGAAAGCUGCUCAUUAUAUGCUGGUGACCUUGGACCUCUUGAAAGAGAAGCUACAGGAUGUAUUUCCUCAGGAAUUCAAUAUCACAGAUGUGCUCUCGCCUUCCCAGAUGCACACUAUCUACAAGGCAACUGGAUGUGCUUCCCAAGAGAUCCGUACAAAGGAAUGUGAUGAGAAGAGCCCUUACCGAACCAUUACAGGCGAAUGCAAUAACCUGAGAAUUCCUACUUUGGGAUCUAGCAACCGUCCGUAUGUCAGGUGGCUGCCUCAAGAAUAUGAAGAUGGCAUAUCUCUCCCACGUGGCUGGACAGAAACGAAACCGUAUUUUGGACAUCCUCUGCCCUUAGUCCGGGCUGUAUCCAAUGACAUCGUCUUCUUCCCUAAUGUGAACGUCACUAAUGAUCCCUUCCGCUCAGUCUUGUUUAUGCAAUGGGGGCAGUUUAUUGAUCAUGAUUUGGAUUUUGGACCUUCUGUGACAGCCACCCUCACCUUCAUAAAAGGAUUAGAUUGUGGGAAAAGCUGUGAGAAAGCGCCGCCGUGUUUUCCAAUCAAGAUCCCACCCGGUGAUCCUACACAAAAGCGUGAGUGCAUGCCCUUUACCCGUUCAGCUCCUGCCUGCAACGGUGGCUAUGCCAUCCGCAACCAGAUCAAUGCACUCACAUCCUUUGUUGAUGCCAGUAUGGUAUAUGCCAGUGAAGACAAGUGGGCAAUGCAGCUAAGAAAUUUCACAAACGACCUAGGACUGUUGGCUGUGAAUAACAGGUUCAACGAUCGAGGCCUUUCCUUUCUCCCCUUUGGCAAUCCUGAAGGCUUUCGGGAAAAUUGCAAUGUAACAAAUGCAACCCUCGGAAUCCCCUGUUUUUUGGCAGGUGACAAUCGAGUCAAUGAAAUGCCAGGGUUGAUUGCAUUGCAAACGCUUUUCAUGCGGGAGCACAACCGUUUGGCCACUGAGCUGAAGAGGCUGAACUCACAAAUGCGUGGAGAAGAAAUCUAUCAGGAGACCCGGAAAAUCGUGGGAGCACUGAUACAGAAAAUCACCUAUACAGAAUAUAUACCUGCCGUGCUGGGGGAGACUAUUGCUCUGCCUCGUUACAGGGGCUACAAUGAUUCUGUGGAUCCCCGAAUUGCCAGCUCCUUUACCAAUGCUUUCCGUUUUGGGCAUACUUUGGUGCGGCCCACUGUGCCUCGCUUAAACAGCCGUUACCAAGUUCUGAGUGAAACACCCUUAGAAAAUGAGUUCUUUGCUACAUGGAAAAUUAUCUUCCAAGGAGGCAUUGAACCCAUUCUACGAGGCCAAAUAGGUACACCAGCCAAACUGUUGAGACAAGAUCAGUUAGUAGUAGAGGGUCUCCGAGACCGACUCUUCCAACAACCUCCAGGACCUGGAUUGGAUUUGCCAUCAUUGAACAUGCAGCGUGGCCGAGAUCACGGUCUACCAGGUUAUAAUGCCUGGAGACAAUUAUGUGGCCUCUCACAACCUGGCAAUGAAACUGAGCUGGCUCAGGUCCUCCAGAAUCCUCAAGUGGCCAAGAAGUUUAUUCAACAUUAUGGGACACCCAAGAACAUUGACCUCUGGGUUGGGGGGGUGUCUGAGCCCCUCCUCCGGAAUGCCAGAGUUGGGCCUCUACUGGCAUGUAUCUUUCGGAAACAGUUCCAAAACCUUCGUGAUGGGGACAGGUUCUGGUGGGAGAACCCUGGCGUGUUCACCCCAGCCCAGCGACAGGCUCUUAACCAAGCCACAUUGGCACGCGUCAUCUGUGACAAUACCUACAUCCGCGAGGUACCUCGGUUCAUUUUCCGCGCCAACCAGUAUCCACGUAAUUUUGUCAACUGCACUGCCUUCCCAAGGCUCAGCCUCUUUCCAUGGAAAAAGCCUCCUCAAUAGAUUGGUGAAGAAGAACAUCCCAGCAAGUUCUGCCAGCAACCUGGAAUUUCUGUUUUUGAGAAAGCGUUCUUUAACCUGCUUUAGCUUUUUUCCCCUUGCUGCCAUUGCUUAUGCUUAAUCUGGAGCAAUGAGAAAGGAAUGCCAAAUUAAAACAGCCGCUCUGUGAUA